CCUGCGCGGAGCGGCCGCAUCGAGUGGCGGGAGGCUGCGGGGCCAUGGCGGCCGCGGGCGCUGAGGGGCCGGACUCGGACGGCGGCGGCGAGGAGCUGGAGCUCACCCCAGCGCAGCUCAUCCGCACCUUGGAGCAGGCCUGGCUGAACGAGAAGUUCGCUCCGGAGCUGCUGGAGAGCAAACCGGAGAUCAUCGAGUGCGUUGUGGAGCAGCUGGACCAUAUGGAGGCAAACCUGAAACGGGCAAAGGGAGGAGACUUGAAGGUGAGCGUUCAUCGGAUGGAGAUUGAACGGAUCCGCUAUGUGCUCAGCAGCUACUUGCGGUGUAGGCUGGUGAAGAUAGAGAAGUUUUUCCCCCAUGUCUUGGAGAAGGAGAAGUCUCGAGCCGAAGGGGAGCCUUCCAUUCUGUCACCAGAGGAAUUUGCUUUUGCUAAAGAGUACAUGGCAAACACAGAGACCUAUCUGAAAAACGUGGGCCUCAGACACAUGCCACCCAACCUGCAAAAGGUGGCUCUGCUAAAAUCAGUUCCAAAGCCCAACCUGGACUCCUUCGUGUUCCUGCGGGUGCUGGAGCGGCAGGAGAACAUCCUAGUCGAGCCGGAGAUGGAUGAGCAGAGGGAUUACACCAUUGACCUGGAGGAGGGCUCCCAGCAUCUCAUCCGCUACAAGGUCGUUGCCCCACUGGUGGCCUCAGGAGCAGUGCAGCUCAUCUGAGGGUAAGUGUGAGGCCAGGAUUAGGGUGGGCCGUGGGUCUUCCCAUCCACAUUCCCUUUGGAUGUGGCAUGUUGGGGCAGGACAGCAGCAGUGUUGGAAGGGGUACCCUCCACAGCAUGCAAAUAAAGCAGCAGGACAUCUUCCUCUCUGCUGCUGCUGAUUGCCCCCACAGCUCAUCAAUCUCCUGAUGGCUUGUGACAUGCCUGCGGUACAACCAGGCUCCUGAGCGAGGGCAGCCUGUGUCACAGCACUCCUUCCAAGGAGGCUUUGCCACCAUCCCCUUGAGAGUCCCAGGGGAGGGCUGAGUGUUACUGCUGCCUCUCCAGACCCCAGGCUGGUUUGGCAGCAGAUGUGGACAGAGUGAAUACAGCCUUUGUAAAUAGCAGGGUGCUCUCUUUUAAACCCUCAGCUGUAUGUUCAUCCCUGCUCCAGUUUAUCACUGUUCUUUAAGUGAGGCUAGCCAGUGACCGAAUAGUGUGGCAACCAGCUGUGUAAAUGAUGCCUUCCCCCAUCUGCUUUGAUCUUGUCACAGGGUCUGUGCAACCCUGGCUGUUUUGCAACUGGCUGAUUGCUCUGAGGUGAACCAGAGGCAGGGUGGAGGGGGGAUUCCUCUGAACCAUCCUUGACACAUGAUGUAUUGAGCAAAAAACCACCACAUGUAAAGAUAUUUGCUGGCAGAGCAGAUCUUGGUUAUUGCAGAAGGAGCAGGAGGGAUUGGGAACACGGUAAGGAUGGAAACUGCAGCUCAGAGCAAAGGGAACAUCAUGGGAGAGCCAAGGGUUGGGUGCUUGCACCACUUACCUGCAGUGAGAAGGGAGAGUGAAGAGUUUAUCAGCUGGGAGAUGCCCAUGAGCUUAGGAAUUAAGGUUUUUUCCCUUGAAGCAUUGUUAUGCAGCCAAACAGCAUGCCUGUGCUUCCUUGGAAAGGCCCUGCCUUCGGGGAAGGGAGGCUGCAUGAGCUCUGUUCUGCCCAUGCAAUCCCAGUGUGGAUACAGUUGUGUCUAAUGUGGCCAGAGAGGAGCUUUUCCCUGGCAUUUUGACAAUAACCAGCCCUUGCCAUGGCAGUAUCUGAUGUUUGCCUCCAGAGCAGGCGUGGGUUUGGAAUUGCUGCCUGGCCCUUGUGCUUGUAAUGGCAUUCCUUGCCCUGGGCCGAGGAGUGAGCACCUCUUGAUCACAUUGUGAAUGAUGCAGUCACAAUCAAAGCAGCAUUUGCAGGUUUGUCACAAACCUCUUCCUAACCAGAGCAGCUGGUUCACGUUUGGGCUGCUUGUGCCAGAGCCACGGGGUCUUUGUAUUGCCCAUGUAAAGGUUGGUGGUUGCAUCUGUGGUCCUACUGCACGUGCAGACUUUGCACAAAGCCAGAGCACAGAGAGCGUUUGGGGGGGAUCAUGAGGCCCUGAUGCUUUUCCAGCCUUUUCCAACCUGCUGCUUUGGGCUGGCUUACUUCUGGGAGGUUGCACCAUUAUUGUAGCUAAUCCUUAGCUCAGGGCUGCCUUGGUCAAUGAACUCCAGACAGCGUGGUCUGUGUGAUCAGCAGCUGAGGGCUGUGGAAGAGCUCUGAGGAGCUCUGAAGCUUAUGAUGCCCUCAUAUUGUUCAGAAAGAUACUGGAGGAGGCUGGCAGAGCUUUCCCAGAAUGGUCUCUUGCUGCAGCAUGAGAUUAUCAGUCUCUUUUAUGUCACCUCCUCUGCUUUGUAUGUUAUUUGUGCUGCUUCCUAUCAGACCAGUGCUCUGUAGUUGAGCAUUCAGCUCUCUGUGCAGGGGCACUUGGAUCAAUAGCACAAACACAAAGCUUCAUUUUGAAGCUUGUUUAAGAUCGGUGGUGGCCAGUUUCACUAAAACAGCAAGUGUCAUCAUGGGCUCAGGAGAAAGCAGCUUUCUGCUGUGUGUGAUGGAGUGAGGGCUUCCACUACAGCUUCUCAUUGCUAUUGAAAUCUCUUCUGCUCAAACAGUUGUUGGAGCAAGGGGGAAGCAGUUCUUUUGAGCUGGUUACGCAGAGGAAAAGCUCCUCUUGACCUGUUGCAUGCCUGUUGUAGUUGGAGGUGAAGCCAGCUCCUCCUUUGAGGCAGUGUCUUCCCUGCAUGGUGGCUUGUGAGGAGCAGCCCGAUGCUGCUCUGCCAGGCAGGGGGUGACACUCCAUCUCGUUCGUGUGUGUGGUUUAUAGUGCUCCUAAUGAAUCCAUUUAGGUAAAGAGGAUUCUUGUAAGUAUAGACAUUAAGGGGAGGCUGGGUUUAAUCCUGAGGAAUCAGUAGGACAGUCCCUGAGGAAGGACUGCAGGUCCUGUGCGUGUCUGCAGCUCUGCAGAGGUGAUUGAAGCUCCCAGCCAAAGUCAUCACUAAUCCCCUGCUGCAGGAGAGCUGUGAGGACAGUGUCUGGUGGCAUGGCUGGGGGACUUUCUCCUUGGCCCUAUUAAACUUGAUUGAAUGAUAGUCCACACCACUGGUACCUGCCCCUCUGCUGCGUCUCCUGUGGCUACAGCCAGUAGGAGUGGAAAAGGCACUUGUGCCCUUCUAGGAGCUGAAUCUCAACUGGAUCUGCUGGUUUCCAGGGUGCUGUCAGUACAGCUCCUCCCUGGAGCCCCUUGGCUGGCACAUGUUAUUGCUGUCACAGCCUGUGCAGGGGUUUGAGGAUGGCCAUGAGGCUGGAAUCAGUCAAGUUCACAGUGAGAUUCUCUUGUGGCGUACCCAAGAAUGCUGCUGUCUGCUUUUUGUGUCCUUCCAUGAUGAAAACCGGGACACUUGCGUGGCUGGAUGCUACCUUACAGUGCUUCUGUAUGUGCUGGGAGAAGU